AUGGCGCACGAUCAGCCCAUAGCUCAUUCUUUUGUUGGAUCUGAAACGUGGCAUAUUCCCACCCCCUCUGCAUCUUCCGAAGAUACCACACAGAACGCUUCGAGGAGCGAAACUCCACCAUCUUCUAUCCCAUGGCCCGGGCGAGCCUUCAUCAUUAAAUCUCGUAAAAACGGACAAGUCAUCACUUUCUUAAACGGCGAGGUCGUAAUGGAUAGAAUAGGAGGGCUUGGCACUUUCAGGUGGCGGUGCGUUGAGGAGAAAGGUUGGUUAGGGUUUAAGGAUCCAGCUUCUGCGCACUGUCUCGGCUAUCAAGAACACGGAAUCUUGUUUUGCAGAUUUCCUCAUCAUCGAAACAACGAACGCAUAUUUCCCCGAAUGCGCCCAGAAGGUGGGUACGUUCUGCUAGUACGUCACGAUGACCAUCUUCGUCCCUUGGGUGUAUUUGAGAACGAAUCCAAGAAUGGGACGAAACAGAAGAUCAAGAUUAUGGAUUGGAGCUCCGAGGACAUUGUUUGGGAUUUUAUUGAGGUACCAGUUCAAGAAUAG